GACGCGACCAGCUUAUGGUUUCAUUUUCUGUUCACUAUAGUUCAACCCGGAAAAUGGUGGAAUGCUAAAAGACUUUAACAACAUUUUGAAGCAGACUAGGCUACGUUCUUAAAACGGUCCUGUUGUGACUAGGCUACUGAUCUUCUUGUGAGGUGAUUUAGCUUGAUUCGGCUCUUUUUUCUGGAUGCCUAUUUGCGUCACUCAGAUCAUAUAAACCGUGUUCAGCACAGCACAUUCAAGUAGGCUACCCUUGACACAAGCGCUUCACUGGAAGCCAAGAAUCAUUGAAGAAAAUGUUGGAAGAAUCCGGUGGACCGUGCUGGCUCUCGGAGGAGGUCAAAACUGGGACUACGAUCAUAGGUGUUGAAUUUGAUGGAGGCAUCGUGUUAGGCUCUGACUCUCGCGUUUCUGCAGGUGCGUCAGUGGUAAACCGAGUGAUGAAUAAGCUCUCCCUCCUCCAUGAUAAGAUCUACUGUGCUCUGUCCGGAUCUGCUGCUGAUGCCCAGACCAUUGCUGAGAUUGUCAACUACCAAUUGGAUGUGCACAGUGUUGAACUGGGGGAAGACCCCCUUGUUCGUUCUGCGGCUACCCUUGUGAAGAACAUCUCAUACAAGUACAAAGAGGAACUGUCAGCACAUCUCAUUGUUGCCGGUUGGGACAGGAGAAAAGGCGGCCAGGUGUAUGUGACCCUGAAUGGCCUCCUGUCCAGGCAGCCCUUUGCUGUGGGUGGCUCUGGUAGCUCAUACAUAUAUGGGUUUGUGGACGCCGAGUAUCGGAAGGGCAUGAGCCGGAGAGAGACUCAGGAGUUUGUUGUGAAUGCUCUGACACUGGCGAUGAGUCGGGAUGGUUCCAGUGGUGGUGUGGCUUAUCUUGUCACCAUUGAUGAAACAGGCACGGAGGAGAAAUGCAUACUAGGCAAUGACUUGCCAAAGUUCUUUGAUCAGUAGGCGUAGUUGUUGGAUA